GGUCCAACUGCCCGGGAGGCUCCGCCCGUCGGCUCCGCUCUGCAGCCGCGCCUCCAAGCUGUCCGGCAAGCUCAGGCUCUGACACCUUUCUCUGUCCCCAAGCAACAUGAAAGUACUUCUUUGCUUGCCACUGACCAUGCUGCUGCUGCUUUUCCAGCCCUGGGAAACCCAGCUUCAAUUCUCAGGUCCCAGGUGCCAUGCUGGGCCCCUGGAUUUGGUGUUCGUGAUUGACAGCUCCCGUAGUGUGCGCCCCUUCGAGUUCGAGACGAUGCGGCAGUUUCUGGUGGGCCUCCUCCGCCGCUUGGACGUGGGGCCCAAUGCCACGCGUGUAGGCGUGAUCCAGUAUUCGAGUCAAGUGCAGAGCGUCUUCCCGCUUGGUGCCUUCUCACGCCGCGAGGACAUGGAGCGAGCCAUCCAUGCUCUGGUGCCACUGGCUCAGGGCACCAUGACCGGGCUGGCAAUCCAGUAUGCCAUGAACGUGGCCUUCAGCGUGGCCGAGGGCGCCCGUCCACUGGAGGAGCACGUGCCACGGGUUGCUGUCAUCGUGACUGAUGGGCGGCCACAGGAUCGCGUAGCCGAGGUGGCAGCGCAGGCCCGUGCUCGUGGCAUUGAAAUUUAUGCUGUGGGGGUGCAGCGCGCAGAUGUGGGCUCUCUGCGCACCAUGGCGUCGCCCCCUCUGGACGAGCACGUGUUCCUCGUUGAGUCCUUCGACCUUAUUCAGGAGUUUGGCCUGCAGUUCAGGAGCCGGCUGUGUGGGAAGAACCUGUGUGCGGAGAGGGGACACGGCUGCCAGCACCAAUGUGUCAAUGCCCUGGGCACAUUCCACUGUGCCUGCAACCCUGGCUACAAGUUAGCAGCAGAUAACAAGAGCUGUUUGGCCAUUGACCUGUGUGCUGAAGGGACCCAUGGCUGUGAGCACCACUGCGUCAAUUCCCCGGGCUUCUAUUUCUGUCACUGCCAAGCUGGCUUUAUACUGCAGCAAGACAAGAGGAGCUGCAGGGCCAUUGACCACUGCAGCUUCGGGAACCACAGCUGCCAGCAUGAGUGUGUUAGUACCCUUGGUGGGCCACAGUGCAGCUGCAGAGAGGGCCAUGACUUGCUGCCCGAUGGGAGGAGCUGUCAGAUCCGGGACAUUUGCAAUGGUGUGGACCAUGGCUGUGAAUUCCAAUGUGUGAGUGAGGGCCUCUCCUACCGCUGCCUGUGCCCUGAGGGGCGGCAACUGCAGGCAGAUGGCAAGAGCUGCAACCGGUGCCGGGAAGGCCACGUGGACCUUGUACUGCUUGUAGAUGGCUCCAAGAGCGUGCGCCCGCAGAACUUUGAGCUGGUGAAGCGCUUCGUGAACCAGAUCGUGGACUUUCUGGACGUGUCCCCCGAGGGCACGCGCGUGGGGCUGGUGCAGUUCUCGAGCCGCGUGCGUACCGAGUUCCCACUAGGCCGCUACGGCACCGCAGCCGAGGUGAAACAGGCGGUCCUGGCGGUGGAGUACAUGGAGCGCGGUACCAUGACAGGACUGGCGCUGCGCCACAUGGUGGAGCACAGUUUCUCAGAGGCGCAGGGCGCACGGCCCCGUGCCCUCAACGUGCCUCGUGUCGGCUUGGUCUUCACUGACGGACGCUCACAGGAUGACAUCUCGGCGUGGGCAGCACGCGCCAAGGAGGAAGGCAUCGUCAUGUACGCCGUGGGCGUGGGCAAGGCGGUAGAGGAGGAGCUGCGCCAGAUUGCCUCGGAGCCGGCCGAGCUGCACGUGUCUUACUCCCCGGACUUCAGCACCAUGACGCAUCUGCUGGAGAACCUCAAAGGCAGCAUCUGCCCCGAGGAGGGCAUCAGCGCCGGGACAGAGCUCCGAAGCCCGUGCGAAUGCGAAAGCCUCGUGGAGUUCCAGGGCAGCACGCUGGGGGCGCUCGAGAGCCUCACGCAGAACCUGGCCCAGCUGACGGCGCGCCUGGAGGAUCUGGAGAACCAGCUGGCCAAGCAGAAGUGAGGGCCGCUGGUGGCCAGAGCCAGGCUGGGGCGCGGCCACGCGGACUGCGCCCCUCGCGCGCCGUCGGGCGCCCGCUCCGGGUAGGACCUGUGCCCCUCGGGCUUGGGCUGUCGCGGAGGAGGCGCUGGCGGGCUCCCAGCGCUGCGCUCGAGCUGGCCUCGCCUGGACCAGCAGCUGGACUGUGGAGAAGGGAUGGCCCUGGGUGGGAGGCGCGCGCCAGACCCGUAGGCCCUCGCCACGUGCCGCGCUCAGUUCUUUGUUGGAUUUCUUUUUUGUUUUCUUUUUCUUAAAAAAACAAAAACGAAAA